UUGGCUCCACAUGUUAUGUCAGAGAAAAUGAGAAAUUAUGACCUUUCCAUGUUCCAAUAACUUUGCUUCUUUUCUUUGAGAAACUAUUGUUGUUUCUUUAUAUUUUCUCAAUGCAAGUAAUAAAGGUUUAGUAUAUCAUGUGAGGAAAUAUCAAAAGAUCCUACAGAUGAUGUAAAUGUGGAUUGAUGACUAACCUCUUGAGUUCAUUGAUUACAGAUCCUCAUGGGACGAGGGAUGCAGUGAACUUGGAUCAUCACAUUCACUGUCUUGAAAUUGAGGCUUACAGCUCAUUAUUGAAGGCUUUUAUUGCUCAAUCAGAUCUUCUUACUUGGGGAAAAGAGGAGCUCUUGACUGAACUACGAAAGGAACUAAAUAUCGCAGAUUCUGAACAUGGAGAAAUUCUGAUUAAAAUAAACUCUGAUGAGUCAAUUAGACGGAUAAGGGAACAAAGGAAAAUGGCAUCUCAUCCUCAGGAUUAUAUUAAAGCUAAUACUCCUGGGUGUCCUUCUGCUUCAAUCGGAAAUUCAAUUAUAAGAUUGAAAACUCCAUCCUCAGCUGCAAUUUAUCCUCAGAUGAACAUAACGCGCAGCCAAGCUUCUCUAAGUUCCAUUCAUAUUCCUUCUGCAAUGCCUCCAAGAUUUAACGACAACCUGUUGACUGCGGAAUUCGUCCAUGCGAAUACAGAGCAAUCCAAGGAAAUGUUCAAUUAUGAUGUUCAGUCACAGUCUGUUGGAAGAGGCAGAGUACCAAAAGGAAAAUGUCAGUUUAAGCAGAACUUUCACCCAUCUGAGUCUCUCAUGUUAAACAAAAGAUCUGAUUUAAUUGAGAUCCGUGCAACGGAUAGGGUUAUCCAUGACGUUGAGAAGAUGCUUUUCAGUAGAGAGAAGCCUGGUCCGGUUGAUAUUGAGAAAGCAAAACAGACUCUUCAUGAGCAAGAAAGAGCUAUAAUCGAAGCACUCGGUAAACUGGCAUAUGUGUUAGAAGGAGAUGAUGGGAUGCUGCGAAAUCUCCAGAAAUACUCCUAGAGGACACGAAAUGAAAAUCCAUGCUAAUUUCAGUGGACUAAUUGGUAGCUUGAAUGGAGUUGGAGAUUCAUUCUAAACCUUGAAGUUUGGGUGACUACAUAAUGGCAUAGAUACAGAACUUUUCACCCCAAUUAUGGAGGUAUAUAUACACCUAAUUAGUAGACAAGAUAUGAUGCUUAUUUUAGAGCUUUUAAUUUAAGCUAGUAACUGACUAGUGUGAGAUGAACACUUUGAGGUGACUCGUUUCAUUGCUUGAUGAGUUAUACUCUUGCUAACCGUUUAGUGAAAUGUAAAGUGUAAAAGGAGAAUCCAAUCUGUUUCAGUUCUUCAUGGAAAAAGCUCAUGUAUUAAUUUCUUGUUACUUGCAUCAUAUUUAAAUCAUAUGGUCAUUGGUUUUCUGGUAUGAUUCAUUAAAAG